AUGGGAGGUCCCAAGGCACUCCGCGGCCACCAUGGCAAUACGAAGCAGGCUCUUCUCGCCUCCAUCGGUAUUAGUAUGGGAGGUUUACUCUACGGCCUUGACACCGGCAUCAUAGCAACAACAAUCAGCCAGUCCACCUUCAAAACGUACAUGUACGGAGGCUAUCAAGGCCCUCCCGCGCUCGUUGGCGGCAUCGUAGCCUCAUAUUAUGCCGGCGGCUGCAUCGGUGGCUUGCAGUCCGGCUGGCUGAUGGACAAAUGGAGCCGUCGAUACACUGUCCUCAUCGGCGCUGUGGUCAGUAUUCUCGGCGCGGCUUUGCAGGCGGCUGCCGUAAACCCGGGCAUGAUGAUCGCGGGACGCAUCUUCAGCGGGUGGUCGACGGGCGUCCUGUACUCCGUCACGCCAAUCUACCUCGCCGAGAUAUCUCCGCCUGAGAACCGUGGCUUCUUGGUCGGGCUGAAGGGCCUCACGAACGCCGGUGGUUUUUUCGUCGCCAACUGGAUUGGAUACGCGGGGUCAUUCGCGAGCGGGAAUGGGCAGUGGAGAAUUCCACUGGCGAUGCAGGCGCCGCCUGCAGUCGGACUUGGGCUAUUAGUGUUUGCCAUGCCGUUCAGCCCUCGAUGGUUGGUCAAACAGGAGCGUCAUGAGGAUGCGGUAAAGGUCCUUCGAAGACUCCACGGUGCCCGCGGCGAAGACUUUGUCCAGCGCCACUACGUUGAGAUCCGGGAUCAGCUUGCCCUCGAAGCCGACCUCCGUCGCCAAUCGUCUUUGAAGAUUCUUUUCACUCGACAGUACGCAAGGCGGAUGCUUCUUGCAUGUCUCAUCGUGAACAUGACGAAACUAUCGGGAUCUCAGGUCAUCCAGAACUACCAGAGCUUGAUGUACGCCGCCCUCGGCUUCAAAGGCCAAACGGUUCUUCUUAUUGCUGGAUGUUAUGGUACCAUGGGCAUUCUGGGGCAGAUUUUCAAUUUGAUCUGGGUGUCUGAUACCUGGUCUCGUCGAAAGACAAUGUGUACGGGAACAGCUUCACUCGCGGCCACUCUCGCAAUUCUGUUGGCCCUAUCAAAGUACUACCCCGACGACCGAAACUUGGCAGGGAGUUCAGCCGGUGUAGCCUUCAUCUUCAUCUUCUCCUUCUUGUAUGCCGUCUUCUUCAACAGCACGAACUGGGUGCUGGUCUCGGAAAUCUUCCCGCUGCAUCUGCGAGGGACUGGGGUCGGGUUUGCCAUCUUCACCCAGGCUGUGACUGCCAUCUGGUUGAGCCAGGUCUCGCCCCUGGCCUUUGAGGCGCUAGAGUGGAAGUUCUACUUCAUCUUCAUCGCCACGAAUGUCUCGGCUGGUCUAGUCUACUACUUAUUUCUGCCUGAGACUAAUCAACUUAGUCUGGAGCAGAUUGCAGCUGUCUUUGGUGACGCGGCGGUGGAGGGAAACAUGGGACAGAAGGAUAUUGAUGAUAAGUCGGAGGCGAUUGAACUUGAGAAAUAG